AUGCUGAAAUUUAUCUUACUUUGUUUUGCUUGUUUGCUAACCUUGGCAACAGCUUUAAAAAUACACGAUUUCGAACAUCACGAGUACGAGCACCAUAAGGAACCUGAGGAAUCGGAACACCAUCAUGAGGUGGAGCACAAACAUGCCACUUCACAUCAAAGUGUCAAAUUCCAUCAUUUCCACCCGGUACCGGUUUACAUCAAGGACAAACACUUGCUCAAGAAUCCCAUCGAAAUUGGCGGUACCAAGCAGAAAUUGAAGAUUUUACAUCCCGAAACUGAGCACAGCCACAAUCACGGUUUGGUCUUGGAAGAAGAGAGCGAGUCACAUAUCCAUGAGCAUGGACAUCACGAAAUCGAACAUCAUGCACCACAUCUGGAGCACUACGAACACUAUCAUCACGAAUAA